AUCACAAUGUGGUAACUUAUGUUUAAAUAAUCAUCAUCAUUAUUAUAAAUAUUGUAUCAAUUUGUACUAAUAGCUAUGUAAUAACUAUAACUACAGUAUUUGUUCUAUUAUAGCCUAGACCACUUGUAUCUUGUUAUCUAAUUCAGGCGCGUUCAUAACGCAACAACACAUACAGUAGAAAAGGAUAAUAUUGCUACCAGCUCUCACAGUCUCACGUCACAAUUAAAACACAGCAGAAAGUGUUGCUGACAGACAGAGGGAAAGAGGUUGGACAUUUCUCACGCAGGAGACGUGUGAGGCGCGUUCAGAGGUUUCUUGAGUCGCGUGGAAAUGAGAGAGUAAUUAGUUAAUUAGAAAACGGUCGACUAAACUCACCCCUCGAGUACCUGCAUUAGCCAAUCACAGCUCAGACAGCCACAGGGGUGGGGGAGACGGCGGCUGAAGGAGUGAAACACUUGCUUUAGUUGGUUAAGUUGCUAUUAAACACCAAGACCUGGCUGUUAGUCAUCACAUGUGAUGUGAAUGUGCGGAUAGAGGACAACAGAAACCAAAWGGACACUCGGAAAGCAUUGCAAUUUAAUAUUUUGUUGUAUAAUUUUAUUUCCUAAUAAUUUAAGCUCUUCAGMGUUCUUCAGAGAAUAUUGUACCAAAACUGUUACAGGUAGGUGAUAGCGAGGGGGUGAGCUAAGCUAAGGAGCUUGCUAUCGAAACGCAUACUAAAAGUACCUUGUCUCAAUUGUAUUUAUCAUUGCUCUGACUUAUUUUGGUUACGAGAGGGUUGCACUGGCAUCCUCAGAGUGACUUUUAUAAAAAACUGAAACAUUUAAAACAGAAGAUUGGAGUUGGAGCUGMAUGCGCUCUGACGCACAGAACAAGUGUACAUUGGCAGGUCUGACCUUUGAGCAGCUCGCGGCAGUUUUCCUGAUGAGAGUCGGUAUGGAGAAAUCGAAUAAUUUUCGAAUCGAUGCUCUGCUGGCCGACGAGAUUCACCGGGCGAACAGAGACCUCUCCCCAGGUCUGAGCAGUGACAGCCCUGCGGGSAGCCCCGUGUCCUGUCGGCGAGCGGACACCCCGUCCCCGCGCAGGACGCCCAUCCAUCUUCAAACCGGGAUAAUCCCCAAACCGGGACUACUGAACCUCCCUCACACAGGACUCGCCUCGCUACCCCAAAUGUACCCUGCCCCUAUGUACCCAAUGUCGGCUUUGGGUGGACAGCACCCUGCCUUCGCCUACUCCGGCUUCACACACCUUACCCAGUCGUACCCAGACCACCUGAAGGCGGCUGCCAUGGCAGGGUCUCUCCCCCUGGAGCACUGGAUCCGGGCUGGAAUGAUGAUACCACGUCUUCCAGACUACAGUUCACCCCAGGCAGG